GCGCCGGCCACGGCGCCGCCCUGCUCGCCGGCCCCUCUACCUCGGGGCAGACGGACUGACUGCCAGCACCGCCGGCUCCGGGAUGGGCGCGCUGACGGCAGUAUUCUGAAGUCUCAGGAAGCUGGUGCGGUUAAAUGUUCAUGGCCCAUGAGAAAGGCGUAUAGGAAACCAUGGCACUCCCCUUUCAAAAAGACCUGGAGAAAUACAAGAACAUUGAUGAAGAUGAGCUUCUUGGCAAACUCUCAGAAGACGAACUGAAACAGUUGGAAAAUGUUCUUGAUGACCUAGAUCCCGAGAGCGCACUGCUGCCAGCUGGAUUUCGACAGAAAGACCAGACACAGAAAGCAGCCACCGGCCCGUUUGACCGCGAGCACCUCCUCAUGUACCUGGAGAAGGAGGCUUUAGAACAGAAAGACAGGGAAGACUUUGUGCCCUUCACUGGAGAAAAGAAAGGGAGAGUCUUUAUCCCCAAAGAAAAGCCCAUAGAAACUCGUAAAGAAGAAAAAGUGACCCUUGACCCAGAACUGGAAGAAGCUUUGGCCAGCGCCUCCGACACUGAACUCUACGAUCUUGCAGCUGUUCUUGGAGUACAUAAUUUGCUCAACAAUCCCAAGUUUGAUGAAGAAACGGUCAGCACGAAAGGCGGCAAAGGGCCUGUGAGAAAUGUGGUCAAAGGUGAAAAGGUCAAGCCAGUAUUUGAGGAACCACCCAAUCCCACAAAUGUGGAAGUAAGUCUGCAGCAGAUGAAAGCCAAUGACCCCAGCCUGCAAGAGGUCAACCUCAACAACAUUAAGAACAUUCCAAUUCCAACCCUGAAGGAAUUUGCAAAGGCUCUGGAGACCAAUACUCACGUGAAAAAGUUCAGCCUGGCCGCAACCCGCAGCAAUGACCCUGUGGCGAUUGCUUUUGCAGAUAUGCUAAAAGUAAACAAGACCUUGAAAAGUCUAAACAUAGAAUCCAAUUUUAUCACUGGUACUGGGAUCCUGGCCCUUGUAGAGGCCCUCAAAGAAAAUGACACCUUGACAGAGAUAAAGAUCGACAACCAGAGACAGCAGUUGGGAACAGCUGUAGAGAUGGAAAUUGCCCAGAUGCUGGAGGAGAAUUCAAGGAUCCUCAAGUUUGGAUAUCAGUUUACCAAGCAAGGACCACGAACAAGAGUGGCAGCUGCCAUCACAAAGAAUAAUGACCUGGUUCGUAAAAAGCGAGUUGAAGGAGACCGAAGAUAAACUUCCACAAGAAGAGGAAGUUUCACCAUGGUGGCAAUUUCAAAACAAAAGCUCUUCUUCUCCAUUGGGACCAUUUUAUCAAAGGUUGUUCAUUUCCGUUAACCACACAACUAAUAAUUUAAUUGUUAUUCUUUUUUAGCACUACGUAUUUGUCUUGGAUUUUUAAACAUAUACGAUUGUUCUGUUUGCUCAUGGGCACCUCUGGCAACUUGCACCAAUGGACUUAUGCAGAUCUUAGUGGGUGACAACAAUUGAAAACGGUUUAGUGACUUUCAUA